UGUAAACACAAUGGAUGAAUGGCGCUAGACUCGAAUGGAAGACGCUGGUCUUUAUUUGUAAACAUAGCGUUUCCAUCGCAGACAUAGCAGUGUAUCCCGUUAUCGCUGUGUUUUGCCCAUUCAUUCUGUACGGGGCGGUUAACACGGCUAUGUUUUGAACACGCGUUUUGACAUCUGUGAUCCAUACUUAUUAAACGCAUCGAGACUGAAAAGAUAGUUGGUCACCAACAAUGACUUAAACUUGAACCAUUCAAAGCUGAAAUGUAACUGUUACAGUUAGGUAUCUUAAGACGGUCGUGUUGGUUGCUGGUUUGUGUGGUUGUGUGGGUUGGUUAAAUUCAUUGAUGGUUUCAUUUAUCGAUCAAUGCCUAAAUAAGAGUAAAUAAGGCGUUUCACUUUUCAGGACCACUUUGCGGUCACAAUGUGGAGCUACAGGGAUGAUCAGAGCAACUGAAUCUUUCAUGAGUCCCCCCCCCCCUCCGCUGAGAGUUAACAAGUAGGUUGAGUUGUAUCUCCAUAACAACAUCCCUUGUUCGCCGGGGUAAACUCCGCCUGUGGUAGCAUGCAACCCAGAUCUGCUCAGAUAUAUUUGAGCUUCACAAAUGUAGAUAGUAGUCUUCAAUCGUAUUGUUGUUGUUUUUUAGAUAUUGUCUUAUAGGCUAUACAGAACCGUAACAUCAACGUGGGCUGCUGAAUGGGAGGCUUUCUAUUUUAAAGUAUUUUUUUUCCAAGAUAUUUGAAAGAGACCAUGGCAGCCAAGGAUAAAAUAGCCCUGUGGGACCCAUAUGAAACCUCGAACAAAAGAGAGUUUUUCUACCGCCCAAGCUCAAACACUGAGUUUACACUGCCAGCGACCUCCAAAACGUUCAGGGACUGCUAUUCACCAUCUGGACCUGUGGGUCCAACUGGUUACAGUGAGGACUUCUGCUGGAAAGCUGUCUCUAAGCCUGAAUGCAUUCGAACAGGCUCGGCCUCAGGACAGAGGAGGAACAAUCCACAUCCAAGUCAGGGCUUCCUUACGUGGAGGCUGCCAAAAGGCGCUUCGCAAAGCUCUGCAGGGGGGAGCAGAUUCACAUCUGAAGAGGAGAUCCAGAAAGCCUUGACAGCGCAGUACUGCUCCACCUACCGCACUGACUUCCUGGGCCUCCCUCAAGGAGCCGAUCACAUUAAUUCCUAUAGGGUAGCUGGGCUGGUACCUCUACGCAGCAGGCAGCAGGAUCCUCACUGGACUCGCACUGAGAUGAGGGACAAUUACUGCCGGCCCAAGAAGGAGCAACUGCAGGACAACCGGUGUGAUACUGCCUAUGGCGGUAACGCACGCCACCGUGUGCACUGCAGAGGAAUAGUACCAACCGUUGUCCAACGGCACAUACGAGAUCGUCACGAUGUUUCGGAGCUGACCACCUAUGAUACGUUCUUCGGAAGGAAGGCUUCUGUUGUCCCAUACGUGCUCAAGGCUUUACAGCCACAGGAGCUGCAGCAGUUAUGCAAAGUUCUACCUGAAAAAGACACAGCGCUCAUGAAGAGCUUAAUGAGUAAAGCGGCUGGCGGUCAGGAAGAGAGAAAAGAGAGGAAACUUCCCGCGGUCACAAUGCCUGCUUCCAGACCGAUGGAGUGGAUAUCGAGCUGGCCAGGCCCUCACUGACUGAGACGUUCCGCACCGCACCGGGAGGGAAACGCUUUCGUGACCAUAAACCUAAUGAAGAGCUCUUUUUUUAUGUGGUCACUUUAGUUAUUCUGUGUUAAUUAAAACUCUUCCAAAAGCUG